CGGCAGUGAGCGAACGAUGCUCCACUUUGGUUCGUCGGGACUAUUAUAUCAAGGUUUGGUUAGGCCUGCUUAUAAUACAAAUAAACUCUAGGAAUUGGAAAACUCGGAUGCCUCCAUGUGUGCCCAUUAUCCACCUGCGCUACUUUUACCUGAACUCGAUGACAACUGUUCAACAGAAGAUUUGCAGAAACUUAUCUCUCAGGCAAAGUUCGCGCGCAGUCGAACACGCUUUGUGUGCCCUGUGCUCAGUUUUGGCCGCAAGGUUGUAUGCAGAUCCAGUACACUGAGCGGUUCCCUCGAAUUAUAUGGUCGCCAGUUUGCCAGUGUCGCAGGGUUCAAUUUCGAUACCACUUCAGGACUACCGCAAGUACCGAAUAAUGCUCGAAACUCGAAUCCUGUCGGCGUCCAUGAAGUCCAGUCCACUUUGGAUCAUUUUCGAGACAACGAUUGUGAACUCCUAAAGAGAUUCCGCGUCGCCUACAUUUGCGACUUCAUGCUUGAAUACCGGAAGAUGAAAUACCGUCUACCAGUCACAUCUUCAGAAAAAGCAGAUAGCCACCGUCGUUAUCACGAUUUUGAUGUACUGGCUCUACCCUAUCCUGGAAGCGAGUUUUUCCGCGUCUGGCGCGACAGUGAAUAUGCCAUGACUGAUUUAGUAUUUGACUGGGAGCAGGCUGGUAUUGAGGUGGAACUGCGUGAGGAGAGUCUUCGUGGAACAUUGCUAACUUCAGGAAUUGACUGGACGGCUUAUAAGACGUGGGAUGUCACUACGUUGACGGGCAAUUACCUGAAACUACUACUGGGACUAUUAGUUGAAGGUGCCGGUGGCAUGCUACUUCACUGUGUAUCCGGUUGGGAUAGAACUCCCUUGUUUAUAAGCCUAAUGCGCUGCGUUUUGUGGGCGGAACAACUGGCCCAUCAAAGCCUGGGAGCUAGUGAAAUGUUGUACUUUACUCUGGCCUACGAUUGGUUUCUGUUCGGACACAAACUUCGCACGCGAUUAGAAUCUGGUGAGGAAAUCCUUCUGUUCGCCUUCCGGUUCCUUGCCACAAUAGCGUCCGAUACCAGUUUUUCCCUUCGUGACGUCUAUGGUGUCCACCUGACGCUCGCAACCCUGGACAAGUCAUCUAAUUUCAUCGGUUUCGAUUACCGACGAAUAAGCACUAUGGUUUACUCCACUUUUCAACGUUCUGAUAUUCCAAGGGAACUCAAAUGUUCGCCCAUCGAACGGCGGCAUCGCCUAGAACAAUUGUCAACAAUUUUCCAGAUUACGUGGGAGAAUGCUUUGGAGAUGUACAACCCUCUCGGCCGGCCGGUGGACACACUUCCCAAUAGAACUCAGCUAUCUGGAUCUUGGGUCGUGCCGCUUGGAGAAACUCCGGAAGACGACAGGACUGCCAAAUACUCGCCGUUAUCUAUGGUUUCUCAGAUCUCCAGCGUGGUCACUUCAGCUGCUGCAAUGGCCUACGAAUUAGCCAAACCACUACUGGGUGAACGGGCAGAUACGGAAGCCAGUUCAUCCGUCCAACCUGGAUCCCGAUCUGAGGACCCACCGGACAUUUGAGGACAAUGGUGAUAAUGCGUAUCCCCAAUACUUUACUUUCCACCUGAAACGUGCUCAGUCUAUUCUUUCCUUGAUGAAAGUCAAGUGUAUUGUCUUUCUGUACCAUUCCACACUGUCAGGUCCGAGAGUUGCUUUUGACUUGCUGUCGGUGGAUCAUGAUAAUAUCGUUCUCAUACUUUGUGUUUGAUAAAGUGCUAUGCGACCACAAUAUAUUUCGAAUUUGUCAGUCCAGAUUGGUUAAUUACACAAACUUUCAAAC